UGGGGCUGAUGGGAGUUGUAGUUCAAAAAAAGUAACUUUCCCAAGCUCUGGCUUGAGGACCUCGGCGCCUUCCCUUCCAGCCGCUUUUUCUCUCCAGAGCGGAGAGCAAGGGCCCAGGGACCUCAAACAGACGCCAAGCCGCAAGAAAAACAGCGAAGGGACUGCCUCAACAAGCCACAGGCCGAAGUCCUUCCGCGGUUUGCAGAAGCCGCCGCCGCCGCCGCCUCCCUCCGGCUUCCAUAGCAACCGCCCGGGGAAAGGAGGAGAAGGGAGCCGCAGGCUUGCCUUGGUUUUGGCCUGGCGUCCAGUUGCUAAGGAACUCCACCGCGGAGCGACCUCAAACAGCAACUGCAUGAGGAGCGGCCAGCUCCGGGGGGCGGAGCAAGGAGAGGGAAGGGAGGAACAGCCCCGCAUCCCGCCGCACGCGCGGUUGUCGUUAAGGGCCUCAGUGACUUGCGUGACAAAUGCUUCACUCUGCGCCAAGGAAAUUCAGAGCAUGCCCUGGGCCUUAACAAGGACAGAAAGCAGCAUUGGGGAAGGGGUGUGUGUCUGUGUUUGCGACACAAUUGUUUGUUUUGUUUUUAAAAGAGUAACAACACCGACAAAAAAAAAAACCCUCUUGAAAGAGGGUUAGGUGACGCACCUUGUUCAUCACCUUUCAGAAAACAGGACCUUGGAACGGAAAGCUAAAUACACGAGAAGAGAGCGCAAAACCCCCCCAACCAUGUCCCACAACACUUACAAUAAAAUGUGGGCAGAAGCUCAGGAAUCCCUCAACGGCCUGUUACAAAAGGAGACUGAAGAGAAAUCACAAAGGCCACCGAAAGAUCACCUAGUAGUGUUUCAAAUGCUAGCUACUUUCUACAUCAAAUAUGUACAAAUAUUUCGCAAUUUGGAAGCUGCUUACGACCAGAUUGUUCACCCGCAAAAGCGCUUAAUUAUUCGGCAAGUGCUGGAUGGUGUAAUGGGCCGAAUCUUGGAAUUAAAGAAUGAAAUGGUGGAGCUCGAGUACUCAGAAUAUCAUUACUUUGAUGAUAUUUUGCAGGAUCUUAAGCUGGCCCCUGAAAACAUUGAAAUUCCUAUCCCAAGGUAUUUUAUUAAGGAGAAACUGAAGGUGUUGAAAGAGAGAGAGAGAAUCCUUGCUCAGAUAAUGUUUGAUGCUGGAAUGUAUGAUGACGAACCAAAAAAACGUGUGAAACUCAUGCUCUUAGAAGAAGCUGUUAGAGCAAUUCAGAUAGCUGAGCGGGCUCGACAGGGUCGACUGAGGGCUACAUUCAUGAAGCAAAUCUAUCUCGAAGAAAAGAGAGAGAGGCUAGCCAGACUUCAGGGUGUAAAAGGCCCAGAUCUGGAAGCCGCUGCAGUAUGCAUUCAAAGGUUUUGGCGUGGAUACUCCCAGUGGAAGAAAACUCUGCAAAUUAGAGAAGAAGAAAUGGUAUUUCUAGGGAUGAUUCCACCUCCUUACUUCCAAAAACCUAGUAUUUCAUUGCUGCGUGCCCAAAAGGUGGAUAAUCUAAGAUGUGAAAUUCAGGAGAAACAUGAGUUAGAUUUCCAGAAAGCUCUAGUGAGCAUCAAAGAGCGUGUGAAAGAAAUUGAAGGUCCUGACAUCAAAGAGAGCCUCCAGGACCAGAUCCGCCAGUGGUUCAUCGAAUGCCGGCAUAUGACAGGAAAGUUUCCCGAUUACCCUGAUGAAGAACAAGGUGGUUCAGCUGCUCUUUUUGCUGAAAAAACUCCAGAAGAGGUUGCUGCUGAAUUAGCUGCUAAAGAAGAAGAAGCGCAGAAAAAGAAAGGGAAGAAAAAGGGCAAAAAAGAAAAAGGGAAAAAGACAAAGAAAGGAAAAGAAAAAGAAGACGAGAAGAAACCAAAGAAGAAAGAUGAGGAAGAAGAAGAAGGUUGGAAAAUGGCACCUAGUAAUUUUCUCCCAGUAAUGGAAGAAGGAAACAACAAAUACAAAGAUGUUUGGCAGAACAGAGAUGAAGGAUGGAACUUCUCACAGGAGUACGACCCAGAACUGAUCAAAGAGGAAAAGAGGAAAGAAGUGGAAGAAGAGAUCAGAGUGCAGGUUGAUGAGCUAAUGCGUCAGGAACUAAAGAAUUUAAAGUUAGCUGUGGACAGAGAGACAGACAAAAUAGGCAGAAAAGGCAAAAAAGGAAAGAAAAAGAAAAAAGGAAAAAAGGGUGGAAGGAAGAAAAAACCUAAGAAGGAGAAAGAUCUGACUCGUGACAGGACCAUUGAUUCUCUCUACCAGGAGCUGGUAGAAGAAGGGAUAUUAAUAAGAGCCAGGAAAGUGAAACUCAGCGAUUAUGUGGGUGAGUACAGCUAUCUGGGGACUACACUUCGACAGGUAGACGUAGAGCCAAUGCCCUCUCUCACAGAUGUCAGACAGCUCAUAGCACUGUAUGGUAUAUUGCCAUUAGGUUCUCAGUCUGUACAUGAGAAAGCCCCUCUGGUGAAAGCGUUGCUGUUGGCUGGACCUGCAGGAGUAGGAAAAAAGAUGCUUAUUCAUGCUGUCUGCACUGAAACAGGAGCCAACUUCUUCAAUUUAUCUGCAGCUAAUAUUGCUGGUAAAUACCCUGGCAAGGCUGGUCUGCAAAUGAUGCUUCAUAUGGUGUUUAAGGUUGCCAAACAGCUACAGCCUUCAGUCAUUUGGAUUGGAGACACAGAGAAAACAUUCUACAAAAGGGUGCCUAAAGCUGAAAAAGAGAUGGAACCUAAACGUUUGAAAAAGCAACUUACUAAAAUUUUGAAAACCCUGAAAAUUGAAGACAGAAUCUUGAUAGUAGGAACCACUAAACGUCCCUUUGAUGCAGACCUUAAGCCCUUUUGCAGGGUUUAUAAGAAAAUCAUUCUAGUUCCAAGACCAGACUACGCUUCAAGAUUUGUUUUAUGGAAGCACAUCAUUCAACAGUAUGGAGGGUUAUUGUCCAAACAACUGAACAUCAGUUGCCUGGCACAGGUUUCUGAUGGUUACACUCAGGGACAUAUAAUCAACACUGUUCGAUCAGUCUUAACGGAACGACGCCUGAUGCAACUGAACAAGAAGCCACUGACUGCUGUUGAAUUCCUGACUUGCCUAGCUAGGCAAAAUCCAGUAUACAAGGAGGAAGAAGAAACUUUGAAGGUUUGGUAUGCAAAGACUCCUUUGGGGAAAGCCCGAAUCAAGUCACUGACUGUGAAUGAAGAUACUGGAAAGGGGAAAGGAAAAGGGAAAGGAAAAGAGAAGGGGAAGGAAAAAGAGAAAAAGAAGGAAGGGAAAAAAGGGAAGAAGAAGAAGAAAAAGUAGUAAUGAUUCCAUUGAAAAGCCCUCUUAAUACUCAGCACUGUUCUAGAGUUAUAAUCUAUUGCUAUGGAGAGCAGCUGUUGGGGGGAAAGUCUUUCCUUAAACGCACAAGUCUCUGCUUGAUUCCAGAAUGGCUGAUAUCUAAAAGUGUUCCUUGAAACCUGUAGGACAAGGCAUCAGUGUGACACUGAAUUCCUUAAAGGUAAAAUUAGUGACCACUGAAUUUCAUUAUUAUUACUUAGGCUAUUUCUUAUAAAGCUACUUAAGCUCAGAUAGGAUAGAUGAAUUUUAAUGGUAAUCUACCUAAAAUGUAAUUGCAUAUUUAGACUCAUUUUUUAUCAUUUCUUGGCUUCACCAAAUGAAGAUGCAGCUUCUACACACAAGAGAAUCUCCAUUGGGGUCAACAGAGCCCUAUUUCUUGAUCAGCACAUAAGCAACUCACUAGGACAGUCCAAAGAAUGGGAAGCCACAGAUCCCUGUAUUCUGAGCUUGAGAAACUUCCCAUGUGGGGAGGGAGAGAGAGCAAGCAAGCUGGAUGGAGAUAGGCGAGGCACAAACUCCCAUUCCUUGGGCAUGCGGAGUGGGAGGGACAGAAACUCAUUUGAGCAUUAUGGGGGGGAUACUUCUGUGUGUGGGUGCUUCACUCUUGUGUUGGGAAGGAGCAUGCUAUCAGUUUAUGCCUUGCAAAAUGU